CUGAGAGUUGAGCAGAGCCAAAAGCUUCAGCGCCGAGCCCGACGAGAACCAUGCGCCCGGUCAACACCACUGAGAGAAGCGACCCCGUCUUCCCUACGUUUGGGGAGGCCUUCCUGUACGACAACUCUACGGUGGGUACGGCGCCUCCACCCGACAACAACUCGACGUACAGCCCCUAUUUUACCAUACCACAGGUGGAGCUGGCACUCGUGUCUGCGGUCUACGCGCUCAUCUUUGUCGUCGGUGUGGUGGGCAACUUGCUGGUGGGUGUGGUGGUGCUGAAAGUUCGGCGCAUGCGCAGUCCCACCAACUACCUCCUGCUGAACCUGAGCGUGGCUGAUCUGCUGGUUCUGCUGGUCUGCGUGCCCGCCGCCAUCUUGGAAACUUGGGUCGUCUCACCUUGGCUCCUUGGGGAGUUCAUGUGCUACUUCGUCCCCUACAUUGAGUUCUCGACGUACCACGCAUCUACACUGACCAUCAUAGCCAUCGGGGUGGAGCGCUACUACGCCAUCUGCCUUCCCCUGAGCUGCAAGCACGUCCUGCGGGGCAGCUUCAUCCUGCGGAUCCUGUGUGCGCUCUGGCUCACGGCCUUCCUCACCAGCGUGCCCGUCAUCUUCAUCACCGAGUUCCGCUACCGCGACGACGGCGGAGAACGGAUAGCCUCCUGCGAGACUCACAUCGACACCUUCGCUGGGAAGUUGUACCUCACGGCAAGCAACGUCGUCUUCUAUUUCGCUCCGCUCGCGAUUCUGAGCGGGCUGUAUAUUGUCAUCUCCCGUAACCUUCGUGGGCACGACCUGAACCAGUCCAUCCGGCAGCCGUCGGCGGAGCGGCUGCGGCUUCAGUCCCGCCGGCAGGUCACGUACAUGCUGCUGGCCGUGGUGGUCGUGUUCUUCCUGUGUCUGCUGCCCUACCGCACGCUGCUUCUACUACUGAUGUACGCAACGACCUCACUGGUGAAGGCCCUCGGCGGUCAGGGCUUGUGGAAGCUCAUGGCGUUCUGCCGCGUCAUGGUCUUCGUCAACUCCACGGUCAACCCCAUCCUGUACAACCUGACGUCAUCCAAGUUCCGCCAGGCCUUCCGAACGGCUUUUUGCGGCGACAAAGCAGUCCCUAGACGCGGAAUGACGGAGAUCACCAGCUACAACUCCACCAGGCGCUCCCCUCUGAACCUGAUGGGUAGUACCCGCCGCUCCAACUGUGCGCAUGCGUCGGUGAACGGAAUCGGACAUUCACCGCACGAGCUGUCUGUUUAUUCUCGUUCCCGGGUGACGCAUGGAAACGAGUUGAUCGUUACAGACUCUGUCUGAUUAUCAAGACCCGUUUCUUCAGAUGAUGUUGUGUUAUAUUGUAAGGUUCUUCAAAAACACGACCAGAAUUGUACUCACUUCCAACGUCUCGAUGUCUAUCAGACACCAUCAUCAGGGUUGACUGUGUCUAUUUCUUGCUGCUACUUAUAGCCGAUGUAGGUGGAGCUGCAGCAAUGCUGGAAGUGAGUACAGUUCUGGUUGUGUUUUUGAAGAACCUUACUAUAUGAGUAAUUUACAAGCCUGAUGAAACUAUUUACGGAUGAUAUUGUAACAUAUUAUAUUUUCCUCUAUCAUAAUAUAUCAUUGCUGUAUACCCACUGUAUUAUACGAUAAGUAUUGGAGAGAUUUAUACGCUAUUUCUGUACAAAACGUAAAAUACUUAACUAGGACUUACUAACUGGAAUUCGAUUAGUCCUUUGUUCCUUGUCAAGUUGAGAUGACUCGACACUGAAGUCACCUGAUCUGAUAAAAGUGUGACGUUAGCGAUUGGUCACAGGUGGCCGGCAAAUGGUAUCGACCCCCGUCUCGUCUCUGAUGUAUACAGCCUGUUUCACUCCUCUUAGAAAGUAAUCCUGGUAGUUGCAGAAAAUUUUGACUUAAUCCAAAGUCAUGAAAUGUCUUUGAGAUUCAAUAUAGACGAACGGAAAGCCACUUUUCUCUUGAAAUCGCAGAACCCGCAAAUUUUUGAAAACAUGGGGCUUUUCG